AUGCUGUUUUUCUUUUUUUUCCAGGAGUCAAAGAAGCGGUCUUUUAGUGAGGAGUUUGUGGUGUUACCAGAUGGGCAGGAGGCCCACUGGGAGGUGGUGGAAAGAAUGCUCUUCAUAUAUGCAAAACUCAACCCUGGACUGGCAUAUGUACAGGGAAUGAAUGAAAUAAUGGGUCCCAUAUACCACACAUUUGCCUGUGAUCCAAGACAGGACUGGAGAGAAAAUGCAGAAGCAGAUGCCUUCUUUUGUUUCACAAACCUUAUGGCAGAGAUUCGUGAUAACUUUAUCAAGACACUGGAUUUUGAUUCUUCUUGUGGAAUAGGUGCUGAAAUGAACAAGCUGAUGUUACUGCUGAAGAAAAAAGAUCAGCGUCUUCAUGCUCAGUUGCGAGACCAGGACCUGAAGCCUCAGUUUUUUGCCUUCCGCUGGAUUACCUUGCUGCUGUCUCAGGAAUUUAGUCUUCCAGAUGUUAUCAGAUUGUGGGAUUCCUUGUUUGCUGACGGAAAAAGAUUUGAAUUCCUUCUGUAUAUUGGCUGUGCAAUGCUGAUUCACCUAAGAGAAGAAUUGUUACAAGGGGAUUUCACUGUAAAUAUGAAGCUAGUGCAG